UAAAAGAUAACAAAAACUCUUUUUAAUAAUUUUUAAGAAUUUAGAAAAUUAACAACUCAUCAAAAACCAAUAAAAAUGGAAAAGUUAUAAUUACCUCACGCAAAGCUAUUUUAUUUCAGUGCAGAAUUAUAUAAGAACCAUACAAUUACUGAAAAUGAGAAGCUUAAAUUGAAAGAAAUGGUUAUUAAUGACGAACCUUAGGUUUUCGAAUUAUUAGAAAGAUAUCAAGCAAAUGGUAACGAAACUGAAUUCGUUAACGGAUUAUUAAGCUUACUUCGUCCUCAUCAAAGGCAAUUAUUUUAACCCUAGACCACAUAGCAAGAUCAAGGAAACUAUAAAUAAAGAACAUAUGAACCUGAAUAACAUGUCCCUCCUUAGCCUAUAGUUUAGCAAUAACCAAAACUCGGAUAGUAAGAUUAGGGACGUAGAGACAAAUUCUCUAAUAACACCCAGCAAUAACCAGAAAAUUAAGAAAGCAAUAUCAAUAAUUAGGAACCCUUAAAUCCUAACAAUGAAGAAAUCGCACAAUUCAUUGAAAAGCACCCCGAUUGUCCUGAUGAAAUCUCUUCUCCCCUUGGAUUAAAGCUCUUGAAAAGAAAGCAAAAAGCUCAAAAAGCUAAUCCUUAAGUUAAAGAUUACCUUAAACCAUACAAAAUAGAUUAGGAAUGA